UAAAAAAACCGGGGGAAAAGUAGGCCGAGGCAGGGAAAGGAGAAGCAGUGGGUACCUGAACGGGGCGUGGCCUGUGGGCCGAAAGAUGGGGACUACCCAGCUUGCCCCGGGUAAGCCAGAAGAGAGCUGGACUACUUCAGGUUCCUUCAGUAGCCCAGAUACAGGUUGCUAAGGACGCUGCGCCCGUUGUAACCAUGUUGGAUCAUGAGGAAGGAGUAUCUGUGGUGGACAAUAUAGUCACCCAAUUUACCACGUACGAAGAUUUCCUGGACUCGCAGAUCACCACCCUAGACCUCUAUUAUCUGGAGGAUGAAGACCUAGCCCGCCAGCUGGUGGAGCUGGGCUACAGAGGAAGUGGAGAAGUCGUGAAAAGGGAAGACUUUGAAGCAAGAAAAGCAGCUAUUGAGAUAGCAAGACUUGCAGAAAGGACUCAGAAAAAGACACUCUGUAGUGCUGGCAAAGAAUUUAAAGAUAAUUUUUUGAAAGCACUAGCACAAAGAGAGGAAGACAAUCGCACUGGGAAAGUAACUUCUAUAAUCUUCAUUCGUGACCGAAACGCUCAUGGUCAGGAGUUGUCUGGCUAUAUUGACUAUGCACACAGACUUAAGAUGGAAGAUUUCGAAGUCUACUUUACUGGAAAAAGAAAACUGCUUCCAAGGCCCACUGAUUUGAGCUUUUACAACUGGGAUAGCCAUGUGGCUAUUUUGAAUCCAAGUCCCAAUUAUCAAGUGAUUGCUGAAAACUGUGAUGGUUUGCUCUUCAAAUACAAGAGAGAUAGGAAGAUUAUCAAUGUAGAUCCAAAGGUUCACCCAGGCGAUAACUCUACUAGAACUCCUAUCCAAACAGACCUCUACCUACAAGUUGUCAUCUAUGACCAUGUUUCCCGAAGAAAGACUUAAACAUCACCAUAUUAGGUCACUUUCUGUUUCCUCACAAUAAGUUUAAAUCACAGGACUUGUAGCUAUGAGGCAAAUAAAGGCAUUUGAAGAGACCUUUAUCUUGACUGCCUUUGAUGAAUAUACAAGGGUAACUUUUUUUGACCUGAUUUUAGAUUUUUCAUUACAACUUCAAAAGUCCUUUUGAACGAUGGACUAUGAACAUGGAAGCCAUAUUGAAUAAAGCAGCUCGCAUGGGUAAAAA